AUAGAAUACAAUUUCACAGUUUCUCUUUCCCAUGGAGAUUACCCGUUAUCUCUAAUCUCCAAUUUUCUUACCUAGUUUUCCAAGAGGCCAACAUUCUAUAUAUAUAUUGUAUAAAUUCGAGUUUUAACCAUUCAAUAUUACUGAAAGAACAGAAAGGUCUUAUAAAUGCCGCUUCAAAGAAAGUGAUCAAGAAAUAGUAUUUUUAACAAUCUAGAUUUCUACAUAUCCAGUGUUACUGACCAUAUAUGCUGAAAACUCUCAACGGUUGAUUCUUGAAUAAAAAUGGCUAGUGGUGUUAAAGUUAACGAUGAUGUCGUCACCAGAGCAGUUGAAAUGAAUCUACACAAGGGUACACCCUUAAGAUAUCUGCGAUUCGUUAUAAACUCUGUUGGAACAUUUAUUGAAAUUCAAGAGGAGAAGGAGCGAGAUAAAACUGAAAAUGGCGACGAGGAAGGCCAAAAAAGAUUGUUAAAUGAAUUAACAGAUACUCUCUCAGACAAGGAUUGCUGCUACAUUUUAUACGAUUUUGGAUAUGUGCCUGGCAGUGGACAAGCUACCGAUAAAUUAUUAUUUAUCGUCUGGUGUCCGGAUUCUGCUAGCGUUCGCAACAAGAUGCUUUACGCUUCUUCUAAAGAUGCGAUUAAAAAUAAGCUUAGUCAAUUGGCUUUCAAAGAAGUACAGGCAAAUGACUUAUCUGCUUUGUCCUACGAGGCAGUUCUAGAUAAAGUUCUACACUAG